AUGCGAGUACCUAUGCCUGCGAGCAAAGUACACUGCAAUAUCGCUUUCGGGGAGCUCGCACCCAGUGUCCCCGAUGAGCACAUCGACAGAACCCUCACGGUACUUGUCGAGCUCCUGCGAGAUGUGCCAUACAUCGAUUUUGAGCCUAGCCUAGCAUGGACUGGUGCGCAUCUAAUCAUCUCUUUCCUGAGCAAAAUCCUCCAGCAACUCAGCACCGCUCCACCACAGCAGGUCGUCACCCAGACGCUCCCCUCCUUUCACGGCCUGUAUCGAGCGCUCGUUUCAGUCCCUUUCCCCUGGUCUGUCGCCCAAUGGCGUGCACUCACCUCGCUCCUCUCGCAGCUUUUAUCUGCUGAGCUCGUAGAGAAACUCAACGACAUCCUCGUCAAUGCGAUCGAGGCGGACAUGUCGGACGACGAAGAAGGAAUGUACAAGCAGUCGCUCCUUACGCGGUACGUCGCUGCCGGUCGACCGCUGACAGGCUACUUCAUCGCCUGUUGCGUGGCGGAGAUGCAGUGGACGACUUUGGCGCAAGCACUCCACACCCCCGGAGAGGAGAACUUUGUUCCUAAGCCACCUGUGGAUGCCGAAGCCAGCACACUGGCGUGGACAGCUUUGCUGGAACAGAAGCUGGACGUCUCUGGAGACUUGACCGCGGAGGAUAAGGAAGGGCUCAAGAACACCGGAGUGGAGGCGAAUAAGUGGGUAUCAGAAAUGCUUGCCCAAAUCAAGGAACUCGAGGGAAUGGAGGGAGACGCCUAUGUCCGAGAGGUGAUGGCUGAGAGUUUGAAACUGACUGCCCUGUGCUCGGUUGCGUUGCAGGAUUUGGAUUCGUCACCUCUCACUGGGCUUAAGGUGAUGCUGAGUGACAACGCACCUGUGUAUGACGCGCUCGUCCAGGAGGCAGCUUUGGCUUGUACCGCGCUUUUGGCUCAGAACUUUGAGGAGGUCGCCGUCGCUAUGGUCUCACAUCUACGACGCUUUGUGGUUCUUCCUCUUCACAUAUUCGAGUGCGAGUUCGUGGCAGAUAUGAACGCGCCUGCACCUCUGACGGCCGCUGCCAAGUGCCUAGCAAUCUGCAUACAGAAAGCGUCAGGGGAGGACCUGAUCAUGUCCUCAAUGUACUCUCUCCUCAACUAUAUCUCCGCCACGGCGCGCGACCAUUCCUCAGCGAUGUUCGAGGCCGCCUCUCUCUCGCACAUUCCCGGGAGUACAUUUCCCUACCUGCGCGGACCGGAGGGAAGCGGCUAUUCCACAACGAUGGGACUCAAUAACUACUCGCAAGAUCAGAAGCGUCUCGUUGCCAUCAGCAUUAUUUCGGUCGUCACGCAUCUCGCUCUCGAGUUCAACCGUCCUGAGGUGGUCAAGCUCACGGUAUCCAUGCUCCUUCAACGACUUCGGUCUGCCGAGGCCGCCGUAGAAGCGUCUAUCGUUUAUAGUCUCGUCGACCUCGCCCUCCGAGCACCUAGUAAGACGUUUGAAGAUAUCAUCAAAGCACUGUCGGCGAUCAACAAGUCCUCCAACCCUGAGGAUCCCUCCUUCUCCAACAACACCGUUCUGGCAGCUCAAACUCGCCUCGCACAAGAACUCAGUAAGAGACCGGAGUACUUUGAGCCGUAUCUCCUAGAACUGCUUACCCUGUUCGCCGAUAAGGGUGUAGCGAUCCAGACGAGCGUUUCGUCGGGCAAGGAACAUACUUCGCAUGAUGUUGUGAGCGAGCUCGCAGCUCUCGUGCUCCCCAUCGAUGCCCUCCUCUCACAGCCUGAUAUACUCAGUAAGAUUCCUUCAACCACCGACCUGACGCGCUACUUCCGCAACUUUUGGUACAUCUGUGUGCUGUUCCGGUUCACAGAAAGCUCGCCAAAGAUCAACGAAUGGCAGCGUGCCGCACUCUUGAGGAUUGCUAAGCAGACUCCGAACUUAGUUGCCGAGGGCGCGGCGGACUUCGUCUCCGGAGAACUCGAGUAUGAUGUUGUUUUGAGGAAAGACUAUGUCGUCACUGCGGUCAAUGAGCAUCGGAGCAUCCUCGCCCAGUAUCUGCCCGCACGAGCAUACGACAUGAAGGCUUUCUCACCUCCGCAAGUGAUCUUCCUUCUCACAAUGCACGAUGUGGAAACGCUUCGAGCUCGCGCGGUACUUCCCUCCUCCCUGCCACUAUACUUCGUCAACGAGGAUGUCAACAAUAGCGCUCUGAAGCCGUGUAUGGACGCGAUUGCGGAUAAGGUCAUCCGUGGUUUCCUUGUCGAGCUGAGCAGGCAGAUCGUGGAACAUUCCCUAGCCAAGACAGUCUCCUCUGAGCUUCGCUCCUUGCUUUACGAAUCCUGCCAUCGAAUUGCCAAAGUUAGGGAGCUGGCGUUCAAGUACCUCGACAAGCUUAUCAUUGCAUUUCCGUCCUUGAUGUGCGACCAACCAUUUUGCUUUGCCUUGCUGGAGACUCUCACCGUCUUGCGGAAAGCGUGUGAAGAAGAGUUCUUGUCCGAGUAUUCGCCAUCUUACCAUUUCCAUUCUGAGAGAUGUGGGUUCUCCCUCGAGUUGACUGAUUCGUACGCAACGAGGAACGAGAUCCUCGCGCUCGUACAUAAGAAUGCUGCCCAUUGGUUUUCACUUGCGAACGCCCGCGCGCCUAUCGAGUUACAAGUCACGUUGCAGCAAUAUCUGGCGGAUCAUCAUGCCGUCGUCUUGCCUACUGAUGUCGAGCUUGGCGCCUCCCUCGCACUGCAGUUCGCUAGCGCCGUGAGUCCUUCAGAGCGGAAGAUAGCGCCUAUAGCGAGUCCCUGGUCGAACUGGAAACCGGAUCGGGCGAAGGUGUUCACCAGUCAUUUUGCUGCCAAAGAGCAUUAUGCAGGCGAGGGCGCGGGGUUACGGUUAUAUGGCCAAGGGGGUCUCCAAAGGUUGCAGAAGAGUGUACCGGCUGCUGCGUCUACAGAGGAGAUCCGUGCCAUGAAACAGCAGAUGUCCCGGGCUAUCCAGGAGAUUGGAGACAGGACCAGUAACUUUACGGUACAAGAUAUGCGUCGGUUGCUGUUCCGCUGCACUUCAGUGCUAAUUGCUGUUGAUGGGAACGAUUUCGACCUGCUACACUACCUGGUAACACUUCCCUUUAGGGCUUUCAACCCUAUUUCUAUUAGUGCUGGUAUCGAUGCUUGGACAUGGCUCGUCUCAGAGCGUGCCGAUCUCGAGAUCAUGUUACUUCUGGAAAUUGCGAAUGCUUGGACCGGAACUAUCAAUCAUAAACAAGGCAUCUUCUCGUCUGUGCUAGAGUACAUGGAUCAUGAGCAAGCCAGUGCAAAGCGCUUAUUGACACCUCACGCGCUCCUCCUGCGGGCUUUGACCAGUCGGUUCCAGGCUGUUCGUUAUCAUCAUGCUGGGUUAAUCCUUAUUCUCCUUCGACUUGUAUUGCGGUCUACGCGUGCCCAUCAACUGAGCGUCGCUAAUAUGAUUCCCAGCACGCAUCCUCUGGCUCGAGAGGUCCGGUUUUCAAUGCUGUUGUUUGGCUUCGAGGUUCUGAAAAGUAGCCGAAUGGACACAUACACCGAGCUGAAAAUGCGCGAGGAAUUGUAUGCAGCCGCAUUCUCCUGGUUUGCUGCACGACCCCAAUGGUCGUUCGGUGGUGACCGGGUGCAGAUCGACGCAGAUACCAAGAUUAUGCAGGAAUUCUCUCGAGUGAUUCAUUCUGACGGGAUCCGUGGCGAUCAUCUCACCACCAGCCUUUCCACAAGUCAUCCAGGCUUCUGCAUGCCUGGACAUGCUUCUUUGGCUGAAUAUGCGGCACAGCACAAGAAUCGCAACGAGCUCCUACGACUGUUGGUGGAGAAUGAAAUUGCUCGUUUGAUCGUGUGGGCCAAUCCAACAAACGAUCUUAAGCGGGAACAAGAUCAACCUUCCACUAUUGAGAAAUCUUUCACGGAUGGAAUAUGGUCUCAAUCUGUACGCACCGCUUGGAAGAUCAAUCCUGCUAUUGCGGUGUACAUGGCCGAGCGAUUCAAGGUUGCAUCGGUUCAUUCGGAGGUAUCGCGACUAGUCAGAGCCCAGCCGAAAGAGGUCAUCGAUAUUCCCGAAGCUUUGCAAUUUAUGCUUGGCGAUCAGCUCCAGACAGGUAACCGAGCAAGCCUGAAGUAUCUGCUCUUGUGGAACAUGGUUCCCCCGGUCACAGCGAUUACGUACUUCCAGCCCCGGUACAAAAACCAUCCUCUCCUCAUUCAAUACGCGCAUCAGGUACUUCAGCAGCAUCCUGUCGAGCUUACCUUUUUCUUCGUCCCGCAAGUAGUACAAGCACUUCGCAACGAUGCACUUGGCUACGUAGAGAGAUUCAUCUUUGAGACCACAAAGAUCUCCCAACUGUUCUGUCAUCAGAUCAUCUGGAAUAUGAAGGCGAACUGCUUUAAGGGAGAUGCCGGAGAAGAAGAGGAUUCCAUGAAGCCUAUGCUGGAUCGCAUAACAGAAAUGAUAGUCGCGGCCCUGUCUGGACCAGCGCGAAAUUUCUACGAUAGGGAGUUUGAAUUCUUCAACGAAGUGACCUCUAUCUCUGGCAAGCUCAAACCUUACAUUAGGAGACCAAAGCAGGAGAAAAAGGCCAAGAUUGAUGAGUGGAUGGCACAGAUCCAAGUGGAUGCGCCCUUCAUGGCGACUUUCAAAGUACGGAAAGAGAAAAUCGAAAGCAUAGUCGAUCCUGACUCCGUUCUCGGAGAUGAGGCGCAGCCCUUGCAACGAAAGGAAGAAUACGAUGUUUGGCAGGCUGCGAUCUUCAAAGUCGGCGACGACUGCCGGCAAGAUGUGCUGGCAUUGCAAAUCAUUGCUAUGUUCAAGAACAUCUUUGAGAGCGUUGGAGUCAUGCUUUAUCUAUACCCAUAUCGAGUGACCGCCACUGGCCCCGGCAUGGGCGUCAUCGAUGUUGUACCAAAUGCAACUUCUCGAGACGAAAUGGGCCGCGCUAAAAUCAACGAUCUUUAUGCAUUCUUCAUCGGCAAAUAUGGGAAUCCUGACACGAUCGCGUUCCAGGAGGCUCGGCUGAAGUUCAUCCAAUCUAUGGCAGCGUACUCAGUAGCCUGCUAUAUUCUGCAGAUCAAGGAUCGUCACAAUGGAAAUAUCAUGAUAGAUGGCGAAGGUCACAUUGUGCACAUAAGAGGUGUCAAAUUCGAGCCGAAUUCGUUCAAGUUGAACCACGAAAUGGUUGUCGUCAUGGGCGGACGCCAGUCACAGGGCUACCAGCUUUUCGUCAACCUGACUGUCAAGGCAUUCCUUGCGAUCCGCCCUCACGCUGAACAACUGAUCGACACAGUUGCUCUUAUGCUCGGAACAGGAUUGCCCAGCUUCAAAGGCGAAGGAACAAUCAGGCGAUUGCGCGAUCGUUUCCAACUGCAGCUCACUGAACGGGCUGCUGCUGAAUACAUGAUGGGUGUCAUCAAGAACGCCCACGAGAAUGUACGGAGCACAUUCUAUGAUGGAUUCCAAAAAAUGCAAAACGGCAUCCCUUAUGCUGCCUAA